CCCAUGAACCUCAGAAUGAAUUAAAAACGAAGUAUUCUAGGAGCUAGUGCUUCCCACCAAGAACAUAGGAUGUAUUUGUACUUCUUUGUAUGAACUUUAAAAAAACUUGCCUUGUUCCCCAGGGGAUCUGAGAAGUUUGUUUUCUUUCCAAUCCUGCCUUCCAACAUAAUAUAGCAAAAAUUGGGAUUUAGGGAUAAAAAUGGUUUGCAUGUGAAUCCUGUUUGUUAGAUAGUACUGAGGAAUGCAGGUCUAGAAUUAACGGCUGUUUCUGGUUGGAAGGAAGUUUAUUUAACCUUGCUGUGAACGUCAGAACAUGAAGUUGCCAAAUCACAGUUAGCUUAGAACCUACAAACGGAGUUCUCCGUGACAGGACACUGAGGGCCAGAAGGUUUAAAAUAGAUGUCAUAUGAUACCAAUUACAACUCAGUGAAAUUUUGCAGUCCCGAGAACCUGUGCAGAGUGUAAGCCAAAAUGGAAGAUGGUUCUCUUUUCUAUGGCUUUAAAAACAUUUUUAUUACCAUGUUUGCUACUUUUCUUUUCUUCAAGCUUUUAAUUAAAGUUUUUUUGGCUCUCCUAACCCAUUUCUAUGUCGUCAAAGGAAAUAGAAAAGAAGCAGCUAGGAUAGCUGAAGAGAUCUAUGGUGGAAUAUCAGACUGCUGGGCUGAUCGAUCCCCACUUCAUGAAGCUGCAGCCCAGGGGCGCUUACUGGCCCUUAAAACAUUAAUUGCACAGGGUGUCAAUGUGAACCUCGUGACAAUUAACCGGGUCUCUUCCCUCCAUGAGGCGUGCCUUGGAGGUCAUGUUGCCUGUGCUAAAGCCUUAUUGGAAAAUGGUGCAAAGGUCAAUGCAGUGACGGUUCAUGGAGCCACACCCCUUUUCAGUGCUUGCUGCAGUGGCAGUGCUGCAUGCGUCAACCUGCUGCUGGAGUUCGGAGCCAAGGCCCAGCUCGAAGUGCACCUGGCUUCCCCCAUCCAUGAGGCAGUAAAAAGAGGUCAUAGAGAGUGCAUGGAGAUUCUGCUGGCAAAUAACGUGAAUAUUGAUCAGGAAGUGCCUCAGCUUGGAACUCCCCUGUAUGUGGCCUGCACCCACCAAAGGGUAGAUUGUGUGAAGAAACUUCUAGAAUUAGGAGCCAGUGUUGACCACGGCCAAUGGCUGGACACCCCUCUCCAUGCUGCAGCGAAGCAGUCCAGUGUGGAAGUCAUUCACCUGCUGGUAGACUAUGGGGCUAACCUGAAGUGCAGAAAUGCUCAGGGAAAAAGUGCACUUGAUCUGGCGGCCCCGAAAAGCAGAGUGGAGCAGGCGCUCCUGCUCUGGGAAGGCCCACCUGCUCUUUCCCAGCUCUGUCGCCUGUGUAUCCGAAAGUGCUUGGGUCGAGCGUGUCAUCAAAGCAUCCAUAAGCUACAUCUACCGGAGCCACUGCAAAGAUUCCUCCUCUACCAGUAGUCCCAACUCUCCAUGGAAGGUCUUGGAAAUAAUCAGAUAAAAAAGAGAAAUACUUUUAAAACACCACAAUUAAUUGAGGCUUGCAGUUUUGGAGCUCCUGGUUGGUAAGAGAGUUGUUGGAAGAUAUUAGCUCACCUGGAAGUUGGGGGUCUGUUUCCCAUCACUUUUUAUAUUAGAUGCUGUUAUGUGAGGUAGACAGUUCUAGGAUCCAGCAACACUGAGUGUUCUUACUACCCGAACCCACGGGCACAGUUUGAUGCAUGUUUCAACCCAAGCUUCCAUCAACAUAUUUUCAAAACCAAGAGUACCAGGGUGUUUGAAAUAAUUACAGGUUGAUGCCAGUCACCAAAAUAGACUCAUUUGUGGGUCAAUAUUAUUUCUUUAAGUAGGGGCCCAAAAUAAACAAAAAGGUAUACUCAGAAACAGCUUUCCUCUUCCCUUUUCUCUUCUUCUCCCUCUCCUUUUUCUUCUUCCCAACCUCUUCCUGUCAUCUCUUUUGUGAAUUUAAAACAUGAAAAUUGCACAGACUUUAAUUAUUGUAAGUACUCCUAUUAUGGUUCAGUGACUAUAGUAAUAUUAGCUUCUAAACAGAAAAUUUUCUCUUGGACGAUCCUAAGGUUUUUCCCAAACGUGUUUUUUUCCUAGUUUUUCUAGACCAUUGAUUCUCAACUGAGGACAAUUUGCCCUACUUUUACCCAGCCUCAGGGACAAUUGGCAAAGUCUAGAGACAUUUUUGGUUGUAACAUCUGGGGGAGGGAUGCUCCUGACAUCUAGUGGAUAGAGGUUGGAGAUGCAGCUGAUCAUCCUAUAAGGCACAGGACAGCUCUCCACAGCAGAGAAUUAUUAGGUCCAAAAUGUUAGCAGUGCUGAGGUUGAGAAGCACUGCUCUACACUCAUGCUAUUCAGUACAGAAGCCAUUAGCCAUUACCCUCUCAAGCAGUUGAAAUGUAGUGAGGCUGAAUUGAGAAGUGCUGUGAGUAUAAAUUACACACCAUGUUUUGAAGAU